CAACAUUCUUCAGCUAGGAUCACGCCUGAAGCAUUCAAUUCUGCUGGCCCGGCGCUGACAAAACAUCUAAAAUUGAGAGAUGGAAGUUUCGGGGAUAUGUGGCAGCAGCCCUGUGAACAGCAUCGAGAGUUCUGAACGAGAUAUGUCCAGCGAGGAGAAAGGCAUUACAGGCACGUUAUGUUCUGAAAACUCAUCGACACCGACUCUCGAUCUCACGAAUGGCGUCUCUGCCAAUGGGAGUGCUGAGAUCACUGUAUGGUGGGAUGAACCGGAAGAUCAGGACAUGGCGAAUCCAAUGAACUGGUCUUCAAGCAAGAAAUGGGUAAACAUAUGCACGAUCUCCGUCAUCAGCUUCAUCGUACCUCUUGUCUCCUCAAUGCUGGCGCCAGGCGUCGAGCUCAUCACGAUCGAGUUCAACACCACAUCCAAAUCCUUCGCCACCUUUGUUGUCUCAAUUUUCGUUCUUGGCUUUGCCGUCGGGUCGCUCAUUUUACCACCAUUGAGUGAGCUUUACGGCCGUACAGUCGUCUAUCACGUAACAAAUAUUUUGCUUUUGACUUUCACUAUCAUGUGUGCGCUCUCACAGAAUCCCGGGACGCUUUUGGUUGCUCGCUUUUUGUCGGGAUUUGUGGGAGUUGCUACUAUCACGAUCGGCUCAGGGACGAUCGCGGACAUCAUGCCAAGACAGAAGAGAGGGAAGGCUGUAUCCAUUUGGUCUGUUGGAACUAUUCUUGGGCCGAUGGUCGGGCCCGUUAUUGGAGGGUAUGUGGCCCAGACACUCGGAUGGAGAUGGGUGUUUUGGAGUAUUUCGAUCGUAAUCGGUGCUGUGACAAUUCUAGCCUUCAUUGUCCUGCGAGAAACCUAUCCUCCCGUCUUGCUCGAACGAAAGGCCACCAAACUCAGGAAAGCUACAGGAAAUCCGAUUUACAAAUCUAAAUUAGCUGCAAAGCUCACAAAAAGCGAGCAUUUCAAGACCAGCAUCUUCCGUCCUCUGAAACUGCUCACUUGCUUCCCAAUCGUCACCAUCAUGUGCACAUACGUCGCGGUUCUCUAUGGAACUCUUUACCUUCUCUUUGCAACAUAUUCUUUCGUCUUUAAAGAAGAAUAUGGAUUUUCAACCUCGGCCACAGGACUUGUCUUUCUGGCUGGAGGAGUUGGUACCAUCGUAGGCCUGGCCUAUGUUGGCCGGUUGAGCGACAGAGCACUGAAGAAACGCACGUCAGCGGGGAAAGCGAACACGCCUGAAGAUCGUCUCUCGCUGCUAAUAACCAUCCCCGGAGCUCUUACGUUUCCUUUGGGUUUGUUUCUCUACGGGUGGACCGCGGAGAAGCAUCUCCAUUGGAUCGUUCCGCAGAUUGGGACGGGUAUCACAGGAUUCGGAUCGAUUCUGAUAUUUGUCAGCAUUCAAACUUACUUGAUUGAUGCGUUCGAGGAAUAUGCGGCAAGUGUCAUUGGUGCUAAUGCAGUUUUGCGAGGUACUGCAGGAGCACUAAUUCCACUUGCUGGACUGACCAUGUAUGAUGGACUUGGAUGGGGUUGGGGAAAUAGUAUACUGGGUUUUGCUGCACUGACUCUCGCUCCAUUACCUUGGGUUCUUGGGAUUUAUGGCGCGAGAGUUCGUUCAUUAAGAUUGAUCAGGGUGAACUUGUAGCCAAUGGAAG